CUCGGAGCAAUCAAAGGAAAAGUUAUAUCGAAAAUUGUCGGAGAGAAAAGUAGAUCUGUCUACAGGAAGAACAGAAAGAGAAGUUUUUCUGGAAGGCGAAAACAGAAACAAGAGUCUGAAGAAACAGCUCCCGAUGUUGACGAAAUCGCCGCCUCAACUCCGAGCACUUCGCUGGAUGAAAAUCAGCUCUCCGACUCGGACUCUAAAGAAACCGUUGGUUCCUCCAGAAAGAAAAUGAAAUAUGCCGCUUCUUUUAGACAGCUCUGAUGAAGAGUAUACCUUCAAUACCGAGGAAAGCGAGGGAUUUAGAUUAAUAAAUGAGAAAAAUUUAUCCACGGCCGUCUCAAAGGCACAUGUGUGUGAGAAAGGUGAGAAAUUUUUUUAAAUCUAUGUCUUUCUCUGUUCUCGAUUAUGACUUAUUUCCCAUAUCAUAUCGACCCAUAGUUCCAGUUUUUCCCUGCUAAAUACACUGAUUUAUCUAUUAAAUCUUGGAUUGGGUAAGAGAAAGAUUUUUAGGUAUUGUGCAUAUACACUGUAAACAAAAAAUUAUGGGGAAAAAUCACAGAAUGUGUAUUUCUGACUUGAGGUCUUUACUUUGCUUAUAACAAAAUUGCCCGAUUUAUCUUACAAUUUUCACUUGAUUUGUCUUUAGGCACCUUAACUCUUGAGGAAGAUAAAAGUGCAAGACUGGGGGUUACAGUUUUCCCUUCAGUGUAGUUCCUGUGAGGAAUCCAGUCCACUUCCACCAUCCAGUGGUGUGACCCAGUUAGGGAAAUCAUAUGACAUUAACCGCCGAGUCUUUUAGUAGGCUAAAAAUCAUGGAGAGGCUUUGUAUCCCUGGUGGUGUUUGUACAAGAGUGGCAACACAUGCAAAAGACAGUAAAAGAUUGGCUAAGUCCAAUUUGCAGGUUAUGCAGAAGGAAAAGAGAUGGCGUCAAGGGAAGCGACUUCUGAGGACUCAUCGAGAGGAAGCCCUUCAAGAAGCUGAAGGAGUUACUUAUGAACCAGGAGGCUUUUAAAUUACUUUUAGAUACUCCUGUGGACAAAAUAUGGACACUUGGGCCACUAUAGUGGUUACAUAUUGUAAAAAAUUAAGUUUGAUUGCUAUCUGUAAGUUUAAAGGCUAUUUUCUCAUUACGCAAAAUUUUGUCUUCAAGAAAAGAUAUCUUGACAAAAAUUUAUCCAAUUGAUCUGAAAUUUUCAGCAUUUGUUCCUUUUGAUAAGUUUUGUGUUAUAAGCAGAGCAAUUUUCCAUAUGAUGUAUGUACGUAAAGUUAUGAAGUGAAAUACCCCUCUGAUUUUCCUUGUCAAAUUUAAUUGAUCAUCAUUUAAAAUGUUUUCAACAUAUUAGAAAUCCCUCUGCUUAUAACAAUAAACAACAUGUCUUCUUUGAAUUGAUACUAAAAACAUUAAUUUUUAUUAAUUCCAGAAGGAGUUAUCUUUUCUUAAGUAACCCCUGGUAGAACCCUGCAGGUGGCUCAAUUAAACGAGUGGUAUCCUAUUACAAUAGACAUGUUGAGUCUGAAAUAUUUUUUUCAUGAUCUUCAAGUCAUAAGCUUUCCAGGAAUAUAUAGUUUGCCUAAGUUUUGAAGUAAGUCCUAGCUGUGAAAAAUGAGUGAAAAAUGGGCAUUUUUUCAGGUUUACCCCCGCCUUAAUUGGAGACAACUUUGUGAUGUGAACGAUAAGAGGAUAAGUGGGCCAAGCGAGAGCAAAAAAGAAAUGUUUCUCCCAUAUUAUUGAAGGAGCUCUGUUGGUAAAACAAACAACCAAAGGGAGAAAGAAGUCAAAGCAUUUAUUUUUAAAUAUCUUCCCAGGGGUUACGAAGGCUCUUAGCAUAAUUCCUUAAUUCAAGAAGGUCCGUCCUUUCAAUCGUAGGACUGGGUACGAAAUCUGCCACGGUCUCAUUUUCUAAUGUUAGAGUGGUUCACUCUGUUGGCAGGUGUUGGCGUCGUCUGAAAGAUUUACUUCGUCUCGAACUGGUUUGAUACGAGAGUUAAAGCGCUUCGGUUAACCUAGACUUCUUCUAGAUCAUCCGGUAUGAGCUUCAUUUGGGGAAAAUCCUGCAGGAAUUGUGGAAAAACGGCAACCGAAGGAAACUACUGCAAAGGGUUUGUGCAUUUUGCUUUUAUCCUUCUUAGAGCGGUAUUUUAAAAGAAAUUUACUAGAAUUGAAUAACCUCUUUAUAUCCAUAGCGUUCACUAUCAGCGAGGUACUUAAACGGCAAUUCAUCUUGUUUUGCGAACGAUCCAAGAAACCUAAGCAACCUUUUCUACCUUAUUAGCUUCAUGAUCAAUGUUUAUCCCAGGGCGACUAUGGGAUUCGAAAUCAGCUCUCAGGAGGUGGAUUUUCUUGUGAAUUAUUUCUCUUUUAGGACCAUAUCAUGAUUAGAAACAAUAAAACUGAAUCAAGAAUACUUUGAUAGACUUGACUUUGUACUUCAGUUGUAUGUGGAUCAAUAUUGCUGAUGUUUUCGUACCUUUCUUUCCCGGAAAUCUAUCAUGUAUAUUCGUUUUCGUUUUUGCCGCUAGGCAAAUUUGAGGUGCAGUUGGAACAAGUUUGUUCGUUUCGAUUCUUCUUUGCCAGGAAUAAAUUGGUUUUGGUUUUUCUAGACUUACAACGAAAUUUUUUGCACAAAAGGCAGCCAAAACUGUUUCCUGCAUUAUAAGUUUGCGUCGAGAAAACUCGGUUUUUUGUUAGCAUGUUAUGCAUGGUAGGUCUCCAUUUCUUGGAAGAUGAAAGCUGUUUUUUGUAUGCAAGCAUUAAUCGAAAGCGUUGAAGUGGUGGAAGGCGACGUUAAUGACAGAUUCUUGUUCCAAAACCGGAAACACUUUCACUAGAAGCAUAACGAGACCACAAAAUAACUAAAAGCUUGAAGAUUCGUAGUGACUUUCCGAGUAAUUCAGAACAGAAAGAUAAAAGCUGAUGUUUAAUGAUUCUUGGAAAUCUUGCGCAACACAAAUAUGACACGAAUGAACGUAUGUCCGCGUGUAGCUGGAUAAUUCUGCAAUGUGGUGAUCACUUUUAUUUCUAAAAAUCUUGCAUUUGCUUUGUAGAUGUAACUUAUUUUGAGAACUGAGUGUUCUACCGAAGAAAUGCCAAACUGACUUCUUUCUCCCGGUGAAUUAUUUCAAUAUUGCUGAUGUUAUCGUACCUUUCUUUCCCGGAAAUCUAUUUUGAAAUUAGUUUCGUUUUGAAAACCGCUAGGCCAAUUUGAGGUGCGGUUGGAAGAAGUUUAAAGUCUAAACUUACAAUGAAAGCUUUUGCACCAAAGGCAGCUGAAACUCUUUCCUGCAUUUUAAGUUUGCGCUGAGAAAAUUCGGUUUUUUGCUUUGUUUCCAAAACUGACUACACUUUCACUAAAAGCAUAACGAGACCACAAAAUAACUUAAGGCUGAAAAUUCGUAUUUAGACACUCACAUGACUUUCCGAGUAGUUCAAAACAUAAAGAUGUAAGCUGGAAAGAGAGUUUUAAUUAAUACGCAAACUUAGGCAAUCCUUUUAAUGUUUAUAAAUACGGAAAAUGUAUUGUGUGAUUCUUGGAAAUCUUGCGCGAUAGAAAUAUGAAAGGAAUGAGCGUAUGUCUGCGUAGCUGAAAAAUUCUGAAAUCUAGUGAUCAGUUUUAUUUCUAAAAACCUUGCAUUUGUUUUGUAGAUGUAGCUUAUUUUGAGAACUGAGCAAAAGUAGUUGAAAAAAGUGGGCUCUGGCGCAUUUCGUGUCCAACAAUAUAUAGACGUAAUUUUUUUUAAGAAAUCGUGUCUGUUGAAAUAAUGAAGAAGCGUCGUCAAUGCAAACAAGAUAAAGCUGAACAAUUCUUUACAAAAGUACUUGUUGUUUAUGAGAAGCUUCCUUGAUACACGUUAAGGUACUUCAAACUUACGGGGGCAAGUUUUGAAAAAGACCGAAAGAAAUUUCAGGAAAAAAUGUCAGAAUCAUUGAAGUUAACCGAUUAUUCACAGGCUCGCGCUUGUUUUGAUAAAAGGCUUUUUUUGAAACAAAAUUCACCUGUCUUAUUUAUUUUACAAAAGCCCACGUGAAGACGUCAGAGUUGUCAGGGAAACGUUUGAAUAUUACUGUUCACAAAAUCGUUCACCGUUGGACUCUUCAAUGAGCGAAGAAAGACGAAUGGGCUACUUCGGGGUUAAGAAGAAAAUUAACAUGCGGGCAGUGUACUCUGCAGGUACUCCCGCAAUAAUCCCAAUUCCAUUCAGAGAAACCGCCAUACCGCUUGUUGACAAUACAGCCGACCUUACUCCUGUCACAGUGUAUGUUGUGUGACAGGCGAUCUAGUUUUCUUCAAUUUGCCAAGGACACACACGUCGAUAAUGAGUAAUGUCACUAGGCUCCUUCUAGCAAUCAGAAAUCAUCUCCAACCUGAAUUUGUCAGGUAUUAUAAUUGGAUAAAUCGGCGGUGCGCUUGGCUGAUGGCUUAGGCCGACUCGAAGAGCUUACCGCUCCGCGGCCUAAGCCUUAGGGCUUGGGUCACUUUGCGGCCCCUGGCUCAAAGAGCUUGCCGCUCUGCGGCGCAGCCCCUGGCUCAAAGAGCUUCGCAAAAUAUAUUAAUCAAACAUUUUUAAAUCAUUAAAUUAUCUGUAAUUCAAGCCUCAUUGGCUUACUAUUGAAACGGAUUAUAUCGAUUAUAUUCUCAUCAGUGACGAAAAUUCGUAUGGAUGCGAUAUCAUUCCUUGGGGUUAUUUUUUGGUAACACAGGAUUCGGUAGAGAAUAAUUUAUCCUUUCAAACUAACUCUUCGCAAUAUCAAAGCAACCAAGAAUGCUUGAGGGUUCCCCAAGUCCAGCUUUCUCAUGUCCCCGUUCACUGUCGUUAUUGGAAUGUAUUCACCUGAUGGCCUUCCGUGCGACGAAGCUUUGCUCGAGGUGAAAAGGUUCAGUCUCAGCACACAAUGUAAGAGAAAUCGAUCAGAUUGUCCGCGAAAAUCUAACCCAAACAAACAAGGCGAGCAACUGAGCUUCUUGUACAUCUCCGUGUUAAAACACACGAAAGGACUCUAAAGCAUACUUCACUCUGACUAGGCGGAAACACAAAGAUUUUCUGGCACCGAUCAGAUACCAGAACGACUGCGACCGUUUGGAACUAGUCUUGUAAGACAAUGUCCCCGAGGGCUCUUCCGCCCUGACGUGAAAUCGACUCACAGCCCCUGGGUCUCCGAGGAUGGAGAUGAACUUCAAACAGGGAAAGAGAUCAACCUAAUGGGUGAAGAGACUUCCAGGAGUUGCAAUGAGUUUGAAUAGUGAAGAGACAAGAUUGACGGUAGAGAAGCUUGUGGAUGCCAUCAAAGAGAAGGUGGUUGACGCAAAGAGUUCCAUGACUUAUUCAAGACCAGUUGGCCUAAAGGUAAAGAGAAUCGACUCUUCGAAGAAUGUGAGAUAUCUCUAUGCUGCCGAUGAGCUGGAAGGUGGUCAAAGAAGAGCCACAGAUCCAAUCUGAAGGUCUUCAAUAUUUAAAAAUCACUUGUGAAUAAAGGCAAGCCUGUUCUCUGCUAUCUGAAAGAUGGACCCAAAUGUGGCUUCGUCAGAGCAGAGCUUCAGUUCGUUCCUCUUGGAAGUGAGUUACCUCCUGAAAGAACUCGUUGAUUUGAAAAAACUAUUAAAAAUUAAUCAGCACCCCCAUUGUUCAAGGGAAUAGUAUUCAAACCUUCUUCAGAACUCACGAGUGAGACAUUAUAAACCUGUGAAAAAUUCAAGUUGCUUUCAAAUCAAGGUUGUUUUCAAAAUGCACCGGAAUUUUUUUUUUGUAAGUCAAGGUUGUUUUCAAUAUGAUUUCGAGGUAAAAAAAUUCAUGAGUUGCAUCGAAAUCAAGGUUGUUUUCAAAACGCACCAGAACCCACUUUGAAGUCAAGGUUAAAUCAACCUUGUUUUCCGAGGUUAAAUUCAUGUGUUGCCUUGAAAUCAAGGUUAGAUUUUUUUAUUUAUUCAAUGCUCAGUAAUGAAAUGAUCAACAAUCCAAACCAGUUGAAAAGAUUUCGAUAACUUCCCAGCCUCAAAUCAUCUAUAACCAAAGCAUCUCGUACCAAUCCCUUAAUCUUCUCCUCUCGCCAAAAUUCAGGAAUGUCCCUAUGUAGUGGUGGUGGUACUUCUCUUGAGUGCCAUACUUUCAAGUUACCAUCACUAACAAGUUUCGGAUACUUAUCAUCUGUGGUGAAUAACUUUGUACACUUAGACACAUAAUAAUCAUAAAAUGAAGAUAUCUCCUCUGUAGUAGGUUGAUGCUUAAUUUUUCUUUUCGAGAAUGCUCUACAGUCUUUACAACCUCCUUUACCUUUUGCAAAGAAUUGUUCAGCUUUAUCUUGUUUGCAUUGACGACACUUAUUCAUUAUUUUUUAGAGACAUGAUUUUUGAAAAAAAUUAUGUCUAUAUAUUGUUGGACACGAAAUGCGCCAGAACCCGCUUUUUGAACAGCUAGCAAAGAAAUGCCAAACUGAAAUUUCUCAAAGCGAACAAAAGUUGACAAUUCUUGGAAAUACCGAACUACAAUUUCUCAACGUCAACAAAAGUUGAUGAUUAAACUCAAACUUUUUAACUUCAAUAAAAGUUGAUAACCCUUGGAAAUCCAGACUAAAAUUUUUCAACUUCAACAAAAGUUGAUAAAUCUUGGAAAUACCAAGCUAAAAUUCUUAACUUCAACAAAAGUUGUAAAUUCUUGAAAAUUCUACGCGAGUCUUACAUGGCGAGCGUAGCAUAACAUCUAAUUUAGGAAGUCAAUGAGAGAGAGAAAAUUUCGUUCAUCUUUGUAAAAUAUAGUUUUCCUACAGGCGAUUCUAAAUUCCAGAUGAAACAGACUGAGAGUCUUCCUCGCAGCAGUUCUGUAGGUUAUUACGUACCUCUUACCCGAACACUAUCCCCGGGGGAGCGUAGCAUGACAUCCCAAGGAACGGCUGUGAAGGAGACAAGAACACCAAGAGAAUAUACGUGAAAAAUCCCUGACGUACGGAUCUUCGUAACCCAGUCAACCAACGCCGGGUUCAGUUGACAAUCACCUCUCCAUCUUAGUUAUUAAUUUUUGAGUCACCUUAUAAAUUCUUUAUUCCAGGUGUUACGAAUGCACUUUUCCGGUGUGUAAUUACUGCAAGAAGCCAAUGCCUGAUGGCGAGGAAAAGGUUGGAAACUGUCACAAGAAGCCGUAAGUAAAUCUUCUUUUGCUAUGAUGUAUCUUCUUCCCACGCAAGACCAUGGGAACGAGAUUGUUGUUGUGAGGCCCAUCUUGUGAAUACUUGUGUACUUUUACCAACCGACUUCUCUCAGGCAACAGUCACUUUUCUUAAUAUUCAUUUAAUGUUUAGAUGCUACACCAACAUGACCGGGAAGUGUUGCGAGUGUAAUGACAGAGCUAGAAAAGGUUGUUAUUGCCACAGGUAUGUAGCCGAAACUCAACAAACCAUGAAACCAUGGUCAGUACAAGAUUAUUCAGUCAGUAUAAAAUGAGAAUGUUAAGGAGACUUAGGAUACAAUCAGUAUCAAAUGAUAAUGUUUAGGAGACUUAAUAACUAAUAUAGCAAGAUCUCAACCUUUGUCGCGAAAUGGAGAAAAAAUUCACCAAACUUUCCCUGCAGAUUCGUACCCUAGCCGGUAGUUUAGUUUUCUACCACCCAGGCCACGUGAAAGUUAUUGAAGAAAUGGGCUACGUGCUUCAGUGGUCCAUAUGUAACGAGCGUCUUGCACACUGCCAGGAUCAGCGAUACGGAGAUCCACUGUUUCAAGCAUUUUCAUUCAGACUGCGAGCAGUCUUUAUUUUUCCAAAUCUUAAAAAUGCUCACCCACUUCCUUCCUAUACAUGGGAUGUCAGCCAUCUUAUUUAGUGUACUGGUACAAAACUGAAAGGAAUCUUCUCUAAGGGGUACAAAUGCCUCUGGUGGAAUUUGAAAUAGCUCAUCAAUUAUUGACUGACAUUAUAAUUCAGUAUCGUCAACAAUUAAUAGUUGACUACUAUAGCGUAAUAUAAAUAUUCAGGUGAGUUACGCAGGUUAUUAGGGAUUCCAUGGCUUAUGCCUUGAUCACGUAAAACUUUCGCCAACUUCUCAACCAAGCACAUGGAAACCCAACACAGUUGCGACUUGGACACUUGCGUUCGCAAUCCCGCUCCCAGUGGCUCCAUGUUUUCUUUAAUCAGCUGUUGAUGAGAGCUGUUAUUGAACAUUUUGAUCUUUAUUUUGCGACGCUUAGUUGAAGAUCGAUCAUUAUAAAGUUACAGUCGAACCUCGAUUAUCCGGACUCGGUGGGACUAGGGUAAAUAGUCCGGAUAAUCGAGAGUCCGGAUAAUCGAAAAUAUGAAUAUUAAUGAGACAAUUGAGUUAUGAUCGUCUCGUGUGUUUACAUAACCCACGCUCAUCGAACUGAUCAAGCAUGACAUUCCUUUAGCAACAAAACAAUGCUGAACCAAUCAAAAUUCAGCUGAACGCAUUAGAAUGCUUCUUGACUCUCUUUGUCUCCGAGCGCUCGAUCUUUCGAAAACGGAGUGUGUAAUGCGCUGUUUUAAACACAAAUUUCCUGACUUUUAACAUAAUUUCUGAAUUUUUUUACCUCCUAAAGUUUUUAACAUCUAAGGUCAUUAAUAUUCAUGGAAAAAAUGGGACCAGAGAAAAAGUCCGGAUAAUCGAAAAGUCCGGAUAAUCGAGGUUCGAUUGUACCCCACUCACUCCUCUUUUUCCUAACUGGUUCUAAAUAUACUUGCAGAUGUUAUGACUCAAAGUACCCAUCACCUCCCGCAGUUGAAUAUUCAAAGGAAGGAACAAACGUUAACCUUAAAGUAAGGACGGAUCAGAAAGGGUUUGAAUCUGCCAUGUAUUCACUGGGCCAAGGAGCGGCUCAUGGUUUGCGGCAAUCCGACAGCCUUUCUCAUAUGUAAGUUCUUUGAAGUAGGAAUUAUUCCAUGGUUAGGCAGAAAAGUAAAGUACGUGCAGCCAAUCAGAGAAACGCUCUUUAUCUCACUCGACAUUUACUCGCUGGGAAGCGAAAGGCCAUAAAAAAAGUUUUGAAUGGAAUAUUCGUUAAAUUCAAGAUAACUAUUUUAAGAAGAAGGGCAAGUACUAGCCACCCUGUUAGGUAGUUGGUGUACUAAUACGAAACUGCGAGGAGCCUCCUCUAAAGGGGCGCAAAGGAUUCUGGUGGAAUGUUGAAAUAGCUUAUUAAUCAAUAACUCGCAUCAAAAUUACCCUCAACAAUUAAUAGUUGAACAAUUGUAACAUACUAUAAGUAUUCAAGUGAGUUAGGGACGUUAUUGGGGAUUACAUGGCUUGUGCUUUGGUCACGAAAACUUGUGCCAACUUCACAACCAAUCACAUGGAAACCCAAAACAAUUACGACUUGGACACUUGUGUUCGCAGUCCCGCACGUUUCCCAUGGUUACCGUGCAGCAUUUUGUUUUGUUCUAAUCAGCUGUUGCUGAAGAAAAGAAUGUCCUAUUAUUUUCUCUUGGCUGUUUUGAAUACUUAGAUCUCAAGUGGAAGUUCGGUCAUAUUAAAGUUAUUCUAUUCGCACCUCUUUUGCCUCAAUGGUUCUUAAUAUAAUUGCAGGUUGGGUCUGCCGUCACCAUGGAAGUAGGUAGGAAGUGGAAGUGGUAGGAAGACUAGAUCCAGGAAACUUCUGCUAAGAAUAAACGACGCGGUACUCAUUUACUUUCUAUUCUCAGUAGAAAACAGAAGGCCUUUAAAAGUUCAGAAUAAAUUUACGAUAAACUCAUUGUAACUCUUCAUAGAUCUAACUUGAUUGAUUUAGUUAUUGGGCUUUUUCGUUUGAACUGACUCGUUUGGUUCUAAUAGUUGUAAUAAUGCUAUAGUAAAAGAAAUAAAGAUCCUUUGUGUGUCGUGGACUUCAUUUGAUAAGUUACUGUUUUAUCAGGGAUUAAUUUAG